UAUGCACCUCAUGUGUCUGGCUCAUGGCAUUCAUCGAGUCGCUGAAGAGGUCAGAGCCACCUUGCCAGAGGUCAACAGCCUUGUAUCUUCGGCGAAGAAGGUUUUCAUCAAGGCACCAAGUCGAGUGAGAGCUUUCAAGACUUCUCACCCUGACUGCCCUCUGCCAUCUGAACCAAUCUUGACGAGGUGGGGAACGUGGAUUUCAGCUGCAAACUAUUAUGCAGACAACCACAGAAAAAUUGAAGAGGUCCUAAAGGGUUUUGAAGAUAGCGAAAAUUUAGCCAUACCAAAAGCCAAGGACGCAUUGAAGAAUUCCAGCGUGUUACACAGCCUAUCUUUCAUCCGAGCGCACUUGGGUGGCCUUCCAGACCUAAUUGAGAAACUUGAGACUCGUAACAAGGAAGUUGUGAAGGCAGUGGCUCUCGACGAAGGACUCAGGACACAGAGCAAGAAUUGGCCAGGUCCGAUCGGUGAGAGACUUAGAAAAAAUUGAAUGCAGUUCUCCAUAGAAGUCCCUGUUGGCCUACGAUUCAGAAGAUCGCUCAGUUACCGGAAGAAGAGAAACGCUCCGAGAAUGUUAAUGAAUUCACGUCGUCUAAUGUCGCUGCUCUUAAAUUUUUACCUAUAGAGUCAUGUGAUGUUGAACCAAAAUAAUCAAGAUUGAAAAUGUUAUUAUCUGUCCACAGGAAAAGUUUUCAUAUAGAGAAUAUGGAAAAAUGUUGGUAGUUCAAACAAACUCUAAUUUUUGGAAUUUAUCAAACUUAUCGUGUAAGUACCUAUGUUAUACUUCAUUUUAUUCAUUG